UAUCUGUUUUCAGAAUGGGAAGAAGCCUUUAAAAACUUAAUGCUGCGCAACAACCGACAAGUAGAAGAACAAGUCCUACAGCAACAACAACUUCAAAUGCAACAGCAACAUCAUCACCAACAAGUACUAAAACAGCAAGAAGAAUUUCUACGUAUUCACGAGUUACAAAAGCGAAGUAAUUUAUUAAAUAAUGGAAUUCCACAAACUACACAAACUGAUUUCCCAAGACAAUACUAUGCUAAUGAUGUUGAAGCAAAUAGAACGCAAACACUUGCAUCCAUACAUCCACAGCAUAUCACUCAGCAGCCCGAUGAAAAUUCCUUGAAUGUAAAUAACAUUUUUGGUGGAAAUAUGUCAAAGUUUUUCGACUUUCACAAAAGUCAGCAACAGAUUCACCAACAAUACAUUAAUGGACAAUCUCAGAUAAGUAAUAUGGAUUCUCAUCGAUUAGCUAUAUUUUUGGAAAACAACCGACCAAACCCUUCAGUUUUUGACAAUGGUAUUUUAAGUCAACAAGCGCAAUUACAGAAACAGAGGUUCAUGGCAAAUUUUGAAAAAACAGUGAGUACUAAAUAUCAUGCGUAUGAAAUCAGAAAAUUUUUUUUAUUUUUUAUAAUUUUUUGUGUUAAUAUUAUAGGUUUCGAUCCGUUUAUUGAAACACAAAAGGGAUUUGCUGAACUUAUGGAAAAUGAAGUAGUUCAACAGAAUGUUAAUGGAAUUGGACCAAAGUUACAACAGCAAACACAACUUCCUCAUCAAAUUCUUGAUAACAUGCAACGCACCCGAAUGCCACCACCUGGAUUUAAUCAUAUGAAUUCAUUAGGAUUUGACGGUGCAAACAAAGUACACUCGAGUAAAAUUUUUCCCUUUAUUAAUAUGUCAAGCAGCUCGGUUGGAAAUAGCACUGCGCAAGUCGAACAACAUCCACUGGCAACAAACUGGAGCUCGCAUUUGGCAACAUUACAACAACCCCAAGCAGCGCCGAUAAAUGACUCCCAUUUACAGCACCAAAUUGCCCAAGCUAGCAUCCAAAAUAAGGGAUAUAGUAGCAGUGACUGGACUGCCAUGGACCCUGCUAUUUUGUCAUUUAGACAGUACUCAUCCUUUCCCCAUCAAGCUCAAAUGCCUCACCAUCCUCAGCAUGAUCUAUUUCUGCAACAUUUGGCUCAGAAUCAACAGCAAAAUGGACAAGGAGUGUUCAGCAAUCAAUCCCAACAAGUGAUUCCUGGUAUGAGCAUGACCAGCAAUAUUAUCAAUGGGCAGUCCACAUCUCAAACACAGGUGAAUGCAAAUGUUCAGGGUAUGCUGGAGUUCUUGAAAAACCGACAAUUUGUUUAAAUCUUUAAUCUUUAAUCUAACUAU